UCCUCCGGGGGUGGCAGCGGGGAGGAGUGGGGGAGGAAUAUUUUUAGCUGAGCUUAAAGCUGCCGGGGAGACUACGGGAGAUCGUGCAGGUUGCUGUGGCCGGGUAGAGUUGGACGGGAUCUCCCUCCCCUCCUUUUUUUCUUCCUCCUCCUCCUCGCACAUCCGAGGGCGGCAGCGGGGCCAGCCUCCCCAUCCCAGAGGUCGCCUUUGUUUUUCCCUGGCCGCUCUCUCGAGCAGCCGGGGCGGGGUGGGAGGGGGCCAGGCUGGGCUGGACCAGCCGCCCCUUCUCCUCCUCACCCCGCCGGAGCCUGCGGAGUUGGUGCGGUUCCCCCGGGAGCUUCUUUCCUCCCCGACCCGGGGCUGAGCAGCCACCGCCCCCUACCCCGGGACCCUCCAUGGCACCGCCGCGAUGUUCGUGUCCCGGCUGCUGGAUUUCCAGAAGACGCGUUACGCCAGGUUUAUGAACCACCGUGUCCCAUCCAACUGCAGGUACCAGCCGACCGAGUACGAGCACGCAGCCAACUGUGCCACCCACGCGUUCUGGAUCCUGCCCAGCAUCCUCGGCAGCUCCAUCCUCUACAUCCUCUCUGAUGACCAGUGGGAAACUAUCUCAGCCUGGAUCUAUGGUUUUGGCUUGUCCAGCCUCUUCAUUGUCUCCACCAUCUUCCACACCAUCUCCUGGAAGAAGAGGCAUCUCAGGACUGUGGAGCACUGCUUGCACAUGUUCGACAGAAUGGUGAUCUACUUCUUCAUUGCUGCCUCAUAUGCUCCCUGGCUGAACCUGAGGGAGCUGGGUCCUUGGGCCUCCCACAUGCGCUGGAUCAUCUGGAUCAUGGCUUCUGUUGGGACUGUCUAUGUCUUCUUCUUCCAUGAGCGGUACAAGCUGGUGGAGCUGGUGUGCUAUGUUAUCAUGGGCUUCUUCCCUGCCUUGGUCAUUCUCUCCAUGCCCAACAGGGAUGGCCUCCCAGAGCUGGUGGCUGGUGGAUUCUUCUACUGCCUGGGCAUGGUCUUCUUCAAAAGCGACGGCCGCAUCCCCUUCGCCCAUGCCAUCUGGCACCUCUUCGUGGCCAUCGGAGCUGGCAUCCACUACUACGCCAUUUGGAGGUACCUCUACCGGCCCGGUGCGCUGGAGGCUAAAACGUCCUGGUAGCUGCCUUAGAGACAUUUGUGCCAGCUGGCACGUGGAGGCAUGGAGGGGAAGGGGGAGACAGCCAGAGCCGUGGGCUCACCCUGAGCCAUCCCCUCACUGCAUGGGCAGCAGGUGCCGGUGCCCUUCCCGCACAGCCAGAGGAGCCUGGAGGUUGAUUUUAAGCAGCUCUUCCUUUUUUAACCUCGGAACUGUUCAUCUUUCUAGGCAAAGCUUUCAGAAGGUGGUGGUUGACUGAUGGACUGCAGGCAAUAGGGGAGCGACUCCUCCUGGGGGGGCUAGGGGAGGCUUCCCUCACCUGCUGGCCCUGAGCAUCCUAUAGGACCAAGGGUCUUGGCCCACAUGCCUCUGGCUAAGAACACGCUGGGUUUGGCUACCAAAGUCCUUAGUGAGGGCCACACAGAGGUCUGGAGGUGUUUAGGUUGGGGGAGAAACCCAGCCCCUUUGGUCCUCCCUGGGCAUACGGCUGCCCCAGCUGGGAGGGGGGCACAACAGCAUCCCCACACCACAAAGAGUGGUCCUAAGUCCUGUCAGCAUCAAUUGCCUCCCUCCCAGGUUCUUGAUGGCAAGGUCCAGAGUCAACAAAGCCUAACAUGAGAUUAAAACUUGAAUCUCUUCUAGGGCUCCACAGAGUCUGGAAAGCUCUUUCUCUAA